AUGGAAGGCAAGACAUACGGCAAGAGACACAGCAUACACAUAUUUGACGCCUUUCAUGCCCACCGUUUCUUCAAUGAUACCUCAAAGGAUGGAAGCGUUAAACGGGCAGUGUCUGGUUUAUUUAAGAGAUCCAGUUCACAAGCCCAUUUCCCAUUGCAACCUUUGACACGACGAGACCAAUCAGUCAAUGGAUCGCAUCCAAUAUCAAGGAAAGAAGGCCGGCGGCGAUCAACCCCACGGAUCUCAGCUACCAAUUCCUCGCACACAACCAGAUCCAACACGCCCCCAUCGCCUGGCACGCCAGCCGAGGGGGAGGAACACCUGCGUCUGCAAAUUCAAGAGCCUUCGAGCGACGAGUCUAUUAACAGCAGGAAAAGACUUCGAUCUUCUACUGGUCUCAGCAUUCGAGAUCGGUUUCACAGACACAAACUUACUUUCGGUCCGCCUCGGAACGAACCAAAACAUGGUCAUCAUCGUCCUCGUUCUACCAGCGUUGACCUUGACAUGGUUCCUCGGGAUGAAAUCCAGUCACGCAACCCGGAUUUGCAGCAAAUAUCUCGUCAGGUUUGGGGGAUGCCAGCAGAGACUGGUAUUGGACUCAAGUCCCGACGGCUGAGCCUGAGUCUACCUGACGAUUUCACGGUAGACGUUGUUGAAUUGUACUCGGAAUACACCGAUCGGAUAAAAUUGCUUGGACGCCAUGGAAAGAGUAUCGGAAAGGGAGCAACUGCAAACGUCAGGCUCAUGCAACGCAAGGGCAGUGGUGAGCUUUAUGCAGUCAAAGAAUUUCGAGGGAAGUCGUCGAAUGAAAGUGCCGAAAACUACGAGAAGAAAGUCAAGUCGGAGUAUUCGAUAGCCAAAAGUGUCCACCACCCUAAUAUUGUGGAGACCUUCCGUCUCUGUACCCACAGUGGGCGGUGGAACCACGUGAUGGAAUUCUGUGAUCAGGGCGACUUGUUCAGCCUCGUAAACCAGAAAUACCUUGCUACAGAUGCUCACCGUGUCGAUCGUCUAUGUCUAUUCAAGCAGCUUAUUCAGGGCCUCAACUAUCUUCACAAUCACGGCAUUGCACAUCGCGAUGUUAAGCUAGAAAACCUCUUGGUAACCAGAGACAGUAAACUCAAGAUUACCGAUUUUGGGGUGUCUGAAGUAUUUUCGGGUAUACAUCCCUGUUUGAGAGCAGCUGGCGGGCAAUGUGGGAAGGAGAUGGGAGAGGUCAGACUCUGCGCUCCGGGGAUCUGUGGGAGUCCACCAUACAUAGCCCCUGAGGUAAUUGCAAAGCGUGGUGAAUAUGAUCCAAGGCCCUUGGACGUGUGGGGAGCUGCCAUAGUCAUGCUAUGCAUGUGUGCAAAUGGGUGCUUGUGGGACAAGGCCGUUGCGGGGAGCUCCCCCUUGUACGACGACUUGGUCAACGGAUGGGCAAAGUGGAACACCACACAUUCUGAUGCUCCCGAGAUCACCGAAUCGGAUUAUCCCCACGUCAACUUCUUUGACAGCCAUAUCAAACCUCCAGCUUUGAGGCGUCUGCUUCUGACCAUGCUCAACCCCGAUCCUACGGAACGGGUGACCAUGGCUGCGGUUGCGAACAAUCGAUGGUUGAAGCAUGUCGAAUGCUGUCAGGUUGACGGCUAUGACGAUCCCACUGUCCUUAUCGACGCUUCGAAAUCGAGGAGCUGUACUAACAAGUUGCCCAAGGUUGUCCAUCACAACCACCUGCCUCCACACACGCGUUUAGGACGCAAAUUGGCUCGGCUUCCGGGCAAUAAUAGCGAUUGA